AUGGUUCACCUCACGUCAAUCCCCGCAAAGGAGGAGGCUGAGGACAAAAUCGUCAGUGAUGUCAAGAAGGUCCAUCUACAGCUUGUCAAUGACGACGACAAGUUUACCACGUCGGUCUACGGCUCUCGCUUUGCCAUUGAUGAUCUGCCGAAGCACGAGAUGCCAGAACACGAGAUGCCCAAGGAGGUUGCAUAUCGCAUGAUCAAGGACGAGCUCAGCUUGGACGGUAACCCGAUGCUCAACUUAGCUUCGUUUGUGACGACUUACAUGGAAGAGGAAGCCGAGAAGCUCAUGGCCGACUCUUUCUCCAAAAACUUUAUUGAUUACGAAGAGUACCCCCAGUCGGCCGACAUCCAGAACAGAUGUGUCGCCAUGAUAGGACGCCUUUUUAAUGCUCCAAUCGGAGCCGGCGAGGGAGUCGGCGCAGUCGGAACCAGCUGUGUGGGAAGCUCCGAGGCCAUCAUGCUCGCCGUCUUGGCCAUGAAGAAGCGCUGGAAGAACAAGCGCCUGGCUGAGGGUAAGCCCGUCGACAAGCCAAACCUGAUCAUGAGCAGCGCUGUCCAGGUGUGCUGGGAGAAGGCCACUCGCUACUUUGAGGUCGAGGAGAAGCUCGUUUAUUGCUCCCCGGACCGCUACGUCAUUGAUCCCACGGAGACGGUCGACCUGGUGGACGAGAACACCAUCGGUAUUUGCGUCAUUUUAGGGACGACGUACACUGGCGAGUACGAGGAUGUUCGCGCCGUCAAUGACCUGCUCAACGAGCGCGGGCUCGAGACCCCGAUUCACGUCGACGCCGCCAGCGGUGGCUUCGUCGCCCCUUUCGUUGUUCCAGACCUGGAGUGGGACUUUCGCUGCGACCGCGUCGUGUCCAUCAACGUGUCCGGGCACAAGUACGGCCUCGUUUAUCCCGGUGUGGGCUGGGUGGUCUGGCGCUCGGCCGAGUUCCUGCCCCAGGAGCUCGUCUUCAAUAUCAACUACCUCGGCGCCGACCAGGCAUCCUUCACGCUCAACUUCAGCAAAGGUGCCUCUCAGGUCAUUGGACAGUACUACCAGCUGAUUCGUCUCGGCAAGCAUGGAUACCGUGCCAUCAUGUCGAACUUGACCCGUACGGCCGAUUACCUGUCCGACAGCCUUGAGGCGCUGGGGUUUGGCAUCAUGUCCAAAAAGUCCGGAGAGGGCCUGCCGCUGGUGGCUUUCCGGUUGAACCCAGACAAGGACAGGGUCUACGAUGAGUUUGCAAUUGCUCACCAGCUCAGGGUCAGGGGCUGGGUCGUUCCCGCGUACACAAUGGCGCCGCACACCGACAACCUCAAGAUGUUGCGCGUCGUGGUCAGGGAGGAUUUUACGCGCAACCGAUGCGAUGCGUUGAUUGCCGACAUAAAGUUGAGCCUGGAGUUGCUCAACGAGAUGGACAAGAAGGAGCUCGAGAGGCACCAGGAUGUCAUCCACAAGCAUGGAACGCAUAGCGGGAAGGCCUCGCACAACCAUCCAAAGUUCAGGAAAGAGAAGCAUUCGUUGCAAGGAAAGCACGGCAAGACACAUGCAGUUUGCUAG